GGAUCUUGUAAGUCUCACUUCUCGAUACUUCUCAAUCCUUCUCGACUAUUACAUUCAGUUUUGAUUGUUAUAAACUACCCGAUCCCACAAUCUAACAACUUCCAGCAUUAACCUACUAUUCAUACGACAGCCCUACUCGCCAUUAAAUCAUCGAUCAUUCGUCAUCUUAAGACCGCAGCUAAAGCCGACGUCUCGGAGUAAGAGGAGGAUCGCUCAGCUAUGGUGAUGGACCUUUCACCACCAUCUCGACAUGGUGUUUAUCCUGCUGCACCGUACUCCGCGCGACCACCCAGCCCCCCUUCCAUUGUGAUACCAACACCCAAUCUGCACAAUUCAAAUGAGCAUAUCACCGUCGUGCCGAGCUAUGAAAAAGUCGAUCCAGCCUCGCUUAGCGCAAAUGACCUCAAGAUUAUUACACAAAACCACAAGGAACAAUUAGCUAAGGACUCUGCUGCCAACUGGACAUAUGAAAGCCGUCGAGUGGCACAACCCAUCCUUGACUUCAUCUAUCUCGGCCCCUCCAGUGUCGCCCGAGACCGCGAAUGGCUACGCAAGACCGGCAUCACCAUGUUACUAGCCGCGAGAGAUUCUAAAAUGGCCGGUAUACGCCUCAUGGCUACCGAAAAGGUUGCUCAAGAACUCGGUAUUCAGUCCGAGUAUGUCGAUGUCUCCGGGUACGACGAACUGAUUCGCUCUUUCCCCUCCGUCGUUCGAACCAUCAACAACCACAUGCUAGACGUAUUUCGUGGGCAACGUAUAGAAGACACGCUGAUGCAGGUAGAGGAUGGCAAGAUGGCGAUUCCCCAAGAGAGAUUCCAAAGAGGGAAGGUCCUUGUUUUCUGCGAGACAGGGAACGAUCGUUCGGCUGGCGUUGUCGUUGCCUACCUAAUGUCUGUCUUCGGACUAAAUCUGGUCGAAGCUUGCCAGUUCGUCAAUUUCAGGCGCUUCUGUGUCAGCAUAGCCGACGACCUCAAGUAUGUCCUCCGAUCAUACGAGGGCAUACUUUCUGCACAACGAGUAGUGCACCAACAUGAACUCACCAACCUCACAAACCAAGAUGAUAGCCAAUCGAUCAAAGCUAGGACAAAACGACGGUUCGACGACACAAUCGACAAAGAUGAGGAGAUGGGAGGAGUCGAUGAAGGCGUAGCACCCGAUAAUGACCGCUUCAUGGGCCGCCGAUCAUUUGCUCCCUUCGUCGACGCUAAGAAUCGUCAUCCUGGAUAGUGAUUAGGUCUCAAGGGACCUUGGUGGGUUUUAGUAAAAGCAUACAUAAGGCAGUUCAUUCGAAGGAUAAGGUUCAUAUGGGAUACUCGACUCGAUUUCGUCGAGUCACGACGGUCAGCAAAGGCGUUCACUGGAGGAGAAAUACCCCUUUUCUUUGCUUUGUUUUUAUUUUUACUUUUAUAGAUGGACAGGUAACAGCCUCUCGAUUGUAUUUUACGAUUGUUUUCUCCACCUCGGGGACUCGCUUGUUAAUAAGAUAGCAACAAAUAUAUUAUAUAAGUCCUCGUGCG